AUGGUCAGCAUGGUCGAGACCUCAUGGCCGCCCAAAUCCCCUCGGGAGGCUCUUCUCAGCUCCCCGAGCGGUCGCAGGAAGUUUCAGGACAUGCAACGCCGCGGAGAAGUCUUCGGGUCGCCGUUGAAACAUUCAAGCACGACGCCAAACCUCCGAAGCAAGACAGACCGCCUCCUAGAGGAUGGAGUAGAAGACCUCGACGAGGAUGAGGACGAGGAGACUUUACAAUUAAAACUAGCGGCCAUUAAAGCGCGAUUAAAGCUGAAACAACUUCAGAAGAGCCGCGGAAAGUCUUCUGCGCCGGGACUAGUUGCACACGAGGAUGACGAACCUUUUCCCCGACCAGCUUCGAGCUUCUCAUCACGGACCCACGAGCAAAAUUCGAAGAGUCAGAACCCGAGAUUACCACCAGAUGAGGUUCAGGUCCCGCUAUCCCCAACAAGACGACUAGCUCCAGCGGCUGAUCCUGUGUCCCCCCGGCGAGUUAUUCUCGGAAUCGAUAAAGGUCGGAAGGGCAGCGACGUGUCUCUCAAGCGACCCCCUCCAUUGACGGCCACAAGCCGGCCGACCAGUCGUCUAGGCAGUCGAGAUGGCCCCGUAUCCCAGACACAAUCCUUUCCAGGCGCAGACGGAAACAGACCCAAGAGCUUUAGCGAACGUAUGGCUGAAAGCAGGUCGGCUGAUAAACUGCGGAAGGAACGGGCUGAAAGGCUGCAGAUCAACCGCAGCACGGCGUUUCAAUUCGACAAGACGGAGGUAGAAGGAUUCAAGGCAGCCGCCGCCGAGGCUCGAGCAAAAUCCCCUCUCCGGUCGCCAACGAGAAAUCGACAGGCCGAAAGUUUUAGCCGCGAGGAUAUUCUACGAUCAUAUCAUGAGCGCAAACCGCCAGCCCUGAAAAGGAGCCUCACUGCGCCCAGUGCACACAAAACCGGCGGAGGCGCCGAUUCCACGGCUUCAAGGACUCAAUUCCAUAGGCGUAACCACAAUUCCGAAUCUGGCGCCUUGGCCCUACCCGAAGGCUCAUCACAGGCUACCUCUUCUGAGCAUGGAAACGGGAAAGACUCGCUUGAGAAGGCGCCCGAUGCGUCGAAAUUUGAGGCAUUCUCCUCCCUACAUCUCUCCAACCGCAUUCUACCUCAUUCAUUCCUGUCUCGAACACUUGCCGACAAAACAGUUCUACAAAUUCCAGACCUACUUCGGAAGGUGAAAGGACCAGCCUUUGAGUUACCAGAAGAUAUCGACGGCGACUUCGUUGUAUUUGGCAUUGUGGCUUCCAAAUCAGAUCCUAAAGAGAAGAAAGAGUCGAAAAAUGUCUCUGCGAAGGAGGUUGAUCCCUUCGAUGACGGACUGAAUAAUUCACAGCGUUACAUGGUCAUCACGCUGACCGACCUCAAAUGGAGCAUCGAUCUUUUCCUUUUCGAUACUGCGUUUCCGCGUUAUUACAGACUCUCAGAGGGCAUCGUUGUGGCCAUUCUGAACCCUACUAUCAUGCCACCCCCUCGAAGCAAACUUGACACAAACAAGUUCAGUCUUGCGCUUUCAUCUUCUGAUGACACAGUAUUAGAGGUAGGCUAUGCGCAGGACAUCGGGUUCUGUAAGGCUGUCAGGAAGGACGGUAAAACCUGUCAUUCGUGGGUGGACGGCCGGAAAACCGAGUUCUGCGACUUUCACGUUGAUAUUCAGGUGCGCCGCACGCAGUCCCAACGCAUGGGUGUCAAUGGUGCAACCGGCAUGUUCGGCCCCGGGGGGAGCUCGGGCCCGCGGACUGGCUUCUGGGGUGGAGGAAAACGAGGAGGAGCGGCUGCAGGUGCCGGCAACAGGAACGGAUUGAAGCCUAAUGGCGCCCAAUAUGACUUCCAAACGCAGUCAACAUAUUACGUCGCGCCGGCGCCCAAGUCGAGAAACGAUAAUAGUCAUGCCUUUGCCCAUAGACAUCCUGGACAAUCUGCGGCUAGUCUGAUCGAUGCUGACUACGAUGAUCCUUUCCUGGCCGCGGGCAUGAUGGGCCGUGGCGCAGAGAGCAAAGAAGAGAAAUUCCGCAAACGCCUCGUGGAACAGAGACGAGAACGAGAAAUUGCAAAGAAGCUGUCCACUUCUCGUGGCCCCGGAAUAGGAGCCGAAUACAUGCGUGUCCGUAACGCGGAAAACAACCCAACACAGCAGCCAGAAAAGUCCUCACAGGACAAGGCUAAGUCGACCGGUCAACAAGCCUACAAUCUCGGUCUGUUGGGGAUGCGCAGAGCAGACAAUGUGAAACUGACACCGUUGAAACGCACCCACGAUGGCGAUCGGCCGCAUGGCAGUGGUGUGAAAAAGACCCGGUUUAUAACGGCCAAGGGCAUCAAAGAGGCUGGCAGAGACAGCCUGGGAGGCCAGUCCGAAGCCAUGACCCAACGUACUUAUGACGACGAUGACGAUGACGAGCUAGAAAUCAUCUAG